CGGGGGCGGCCCAGGCGGCGGCCCAGGCCGCGAGGGUCGCGGGGGCGGGCGGCUGGCUCGGGCGCGGCGUCGGCGGCCGCGCCUGCAGCUUCGCGCUGAAGGCGGACCACGACGAGGUCACCUUCCGGCCGGGGCUGCUCAUCCCUCAGCCCAUUCGCUACACCACGCGGGACUGGCCGGACACCAUCCUCUCCUGGCCCAGGUCCCCGCUGCUGCGGAGGGUCUUCUGGCCGGUGAGCUGCUUCACCCUGUGGUCGGUGGCGAUCACGGGGCUCUCGAAGGUUGUGGCGUUCCCCUCGCUGACGCUCACCAUGCACUCGCUCGUAGGGACGGCGCUGGGCCUGCUUCUGGUCUUCCGGACCAACACGGCCAAUGACCGCUACUGGGAGGGGCGGCGGAUGUGGGAGACUGUCGUGUCCACCUCGCGGGACAUCGCGGCCUUGUGCUGCUCGUUCCACGCGCACCUGGGGCCAGCCCAGCUGCAGAGAGUGUGCAGGCUGUUGUCGGCCUUCCCGAUCUGCCUGGCCAUGUACAUCAGUGGGCCUGGCAUGAAGAGCGGGUCCAGGUCUGCCAGGCACAUGCUGCCGCUCGCCCGAGUGUUGGACUCCGAGGAUCGGGCGCUGCUGGCAGCCUCGUGCAGCCCACCAAGCAGAGUGGUGCAGAUGUUGUUGAGGGAGACAACUCGGAUCCCAGACUCCGCAGAUGGUUUUUUCACGAACCGGGAGAGGUCCAGUCUGCAGGCGCUGUCGUCCAAGUUGCUUGGUACGGUCGGAGUUUGUGAGCGCUUGGUGCAAACGCCCAUCCCACAGAGCUACGUCAGGCACACCAGCCGCUUCCUGUCACUUUGGCUGCUUACGUUGCCACUGGGUCUCUGCCACAAUCUCGAAUGGUGGACGCCCCUGGUGGUGUGGAUCAUCUCGUGGUCCCUGUGCGGGAUCCAGGAGCUCGGGCAGGUGAUAGAGCACCCGUUUGACGGGGCGCAGUCCCUGCGGCUCGCGGUCAUGGCGAACACUGUGCACGCCUCCAACACGGACGCUCUCACCAUGGUGGCCUCGCAGAGCGAGCCCCCGGAGGGCCUGCUGCGCCGCGCCAUGCGCCUCGAGCUGGGCAGUGGCUUCAGGCCAGUUGCCGACUCCCCCGACCUGCGCAUGGUCGACGCCGUGCUCGGGCGUGACCCGCCGCCGGCCUCGGAACCGGCCCGGCUCGUGCUGCGGCCGCAGCCGAGGCUUCGGCCGCGGCUCGGGCUGCGGCGAUCGGGCUGUGGCUCGGGCUGCGGCUCGGGCUGCGGCUCGGGCCGCCCAUAGAUCUCUCCCGGGGUACCGUUUUGCACCACUCGGCGUACGUCGGCGACCUCUCCAGCGUCCAGAAAUUGGUCGAGGCCGGCGCGGAGCUGAGCGCGCGGGACACGUGGGACGGGUCCACGCCGCUGGACGUGGCGCGGGGGCGCAACCACGUCGAGGUGGCACGGUG